AAAAGCAGAGAGGAAAAUCUCCAAAUAAUCUCCAUUAGCCCAAAAUAUUAGAGACAAGAAAUUGCAUCAAAUCAUCAACCAUGUCAUCCUCUUUUGAUUCAUUCAGCCCUGAAGGAGAUCAAAAUGACCCCACAGUGCUGCAUGUCCAACACGAUCAUGUGUCACCUACCUCCCACCCUUUUGUUGAUGAUGGCUACACAGGUGAUGACUCCUCAUUCCCUGGAGAAACACCAUUGCCACAAGAAAAUUUCUUCAAUGACAACAUGCAUUCUUCUGAGGGGUAUGGGUUUGGUUUGCCUUCUCCAAGCACUGAAUUUUCCUCACCCUUUGAGACUGAUGGUGGUGGUGGUGAUGGGGGUGAUGGUGUUUUUGCUUCUGAUGGGCCAAUUCUGCCUGAACCUGGUGAAAUGCAGGAGUUAGGAGUCAAAUUCCGUGAGUGGCGCAGGCAAAAUGCCCUCCAUUUAGAGGAAAAGGAGAAAAGAGAGAAGGAGAUGAGAAACCAGAUCAUCAAUGAAGCUGAAGAGUAUAUACGAGCUUUUUAUGAGAAGAGGCAGCAGAAUUGCGAAACAAACAAAGCUCAGAACAGAGAAAGAGAGAAGCUGUACUUGGCCAAUCAAGAGAAGUUCCAUAAAGAGGCAGACAAACAUUACUGGAAAGCCAUUGCAGAGAUCAUUCCUCGAGAGGUGCCGAACAUUAAAAGGAGAGGGGGUAAGAAAGAGGAUGAUAAGAAACCUUCCAUUAUGGUAAUUCAGGGUCCAAAGCCUGGAAAACCCACUGAUCUUUCAAGGACGAGACAGCUUUUCUUGAAGCUGAAACAGAACCCUCCACCUCACAUGAUGCCUCCCCCUCCCGCACCUGCCAAAGAUGGAAAGGAUUCAAAGGAUGGGAAAGAUGCAAAGAAUGGGAAGGAUGCAAAGGAUGGGAAGGAUGCAAAGGAUGGAAAGGAUGCUAAUGAUGGGAAGGAUGGGAAGGAUGUAAAGGAUGGGAAGGAUGCCAAUGAUGGGAAAGAUGGGAAGGAUGUAAAGGAUGGGAAGGAUGGGAAGGAUGAAAAUGAAGGGAAAGAUGCCAAGAAUGAGAAAACUCCCGCACCAACAUCUGCUACUGCAGCUGCAGCUGCCGAUGGAAACAAGCCUGCUUCACCCUGUAAAGACAUUGCCAAAAGUAGUUCAUUUGACUUGUCGAAAUUAGAUGUUCUUGCUGCAGCUGCUGCCGAAGGUGAGCAAGCUGCUGAAGGUGAGCAAUCUGCUGAAGGUGAGCAAGCCACUGCUUAGUGAUGGUUCCUAUUAUCCAUACCAUCAUUUCCUAUUCUACUUGUAAGGUCUCAGCUUAACCAUUCGUUAUGCAAACUGCGAAUAAGUUCAGCUCUCUAUAGAUGUUAUCGAGCUUCCUUCAUGAACUGUGGAGAGCUUUCUUCCUAACUAUAGGAUGUUUCUAGGCUUUACUUUCAAAAGAUUUCUGUUAAUUCCAAUUUUU